AUUACUCGUUAGAUUUGUAUUAUUGUAGGAUUUAAGUUUUUAGAAUUUUUUUAAAUUUACGAAAAAAUGUAAUUUUUUUUCAUGUUUGAAUCAAUGUUGUCAAUCAUCAUCAACUUAUAAUAAAGUUGAUAUAAAUAUAACAUGUCAGUGACUAGUAUAAAGAUUUUAUGAUAAAUUAUCGUUUAUUUUAAUAUCACUAAUGUUUUAUUUUUGUUAUUUGUAAUUAGUUUUAAUUUUAAUUAAACGGUAUAAGUAAAAAUGGUAAAAAAUUAUCGUGUCGUUGUAUUUGGUGUGAAAGGUGUUGGUAAGACAGCAAUAUUGGAACAAGCUAUUUAUGGACACUUUAGCAAAAAUUAUAAACUGUGGCCUACUAUCGAGGAUAUAUAUCAGGCUUCUAUAGAAAUUGGCAAAAAUGUACGUGAACAAGUUCGUUUUUAUGAUACUGCUGGUUUGGAUUUGACACAGUUACCUGAGGUUGGAUUGUAUUCAAAUCCAGAUCCAUCGCUCAUGUUGUCAUUUGGUCAAAUAGCUAAGCAGUAUGCAUCUAUUGCAGAUGCAUUUAUAUUAGUAUAUGACACUAGUCGACCAGAAACGUUUGAUUGCUUAGUCACAUUAAAAAAAGAAAUUGAUAAAAAUAAGGAAAAAAAGGAUACAUUUUAUGUCAUUAUUGGCCAUAGAAUGCGAGAAAUGGAUAUCAAAGCUCCAACUUUAGAGAGUCCUACUAGUCGAGCUUCCCAUUGGUCUAUUAGAGAAAAAAUGAAACAUUUUGAAGUCAAUGCUUUGGACCGGACUAGUUUAUUUGAUCCAUUUAUUUAUAUUGCAUCAAAAUUUAAUACUGCACAACCAAAGAGUAGUUUUCCUCUAGUACGAAAAGGUACUCAACAUUAAUGCUUGUUAAUUUCAUUGAAUUAUAGUACUCAUAAUGGUUAUAUUUUAUAUUAUAAUUUAUUAUACAAUUAAUAAUUAUCCUCAAGUUGUCUAAAUAAUUUC